AUGGCGACAUCUCGAUGUCGCAAAGGACCUGAUCCUGUCCGGAACACCAGUCCUGAUGGUCCGCGGAGAAGAAAAAAACGCUGGCUUUUGCCUGUCUUCAUUCUUUCAUUUCUUUCUCUUAAUGCGGUCGUUCUCAGUGCUCUAGAUGGCACUGUCAAGGAGCCCUACAUGGACGAAGAGUUCCAUAUUCCCCAAGUGCAGCGCUACUGCGAGUCUUUCAGGCCGACUGUCUACCACCCUGACAUCAGCACCCCGCCUGGCCUCUACUGGGUUGCGGCGCUUCUCGCUCGGUCACUGUCGCCUGCCUUUGCUGCGCUUUCCUCGUCGUUUUCCUCGUCGUUUUCUGCGGCUGCAGACGCAGCCCAGACGCUUCCCGAGAGCGACGCCCACGACGGCGAAGCGACUGGCAAUGUCGCCGCACCAGGAGGACGCAAAGACGACCCUGUCGUCCUGCCAGUCCUCUGUCGUUCCUCCUUCUUUCUGCGGGGCUUCAACGCCUUAUUCGUCUCGCCUCUGACUCUGCUCCUUCUCUGGGUGCUCGCCAGGCGCAUCCACUUCUCUCUCGCGCUCUCUGAGGCAGAGAGAACACUCAGGGACGCAUGCAGAGAAGCCGUCUGCGCGUCUCUGUUCGCGAGCCGCAAAGACGAGCGCGACGCGAAAGCCAUACAGGCUUUCAACUCUCGAGAAGAGCAUGGCAAGCAGGAGCCGCGAAGCAGCAGGUCUCCCCGCCUCGGAAAGACCUCUGACGCGGGCGCGUCUCGGACAGGGCGGUUCUCCCCUUCUGAGGCGGGAGAGUCUGAGAGCGCGCGAGACGCCGGGAAGGACCUGUUGCUGCUUCUGAGAAUUGCUCGCAUUGCUCUCCUUCCGUCCUUCUACUUUUUCAAUUUCCUCUUCUACACGGACUGUCUCGCGGUGCUCCUGCUCCUCUUCGCGUACCACGAACUCCUUUCACGGAGACACUUGUGGGGUCUCGCCGCAGCCGGAGUCCUCGCCUUCUUCGUUCGCCAGACUGCAGUUGUGUGGAGUGGUGGAGCUGGUCUCCUCGCGUUUCUCGCUGCACUGGGUUUCUGCGCUUCCGCGCGAGAGGCCGCAAAGCGAAAGGGCAUGCAGCGGCCUCCGCGUCGAUUUCCACCGAACGCGAAGGCCUCUUGCGACGUCAAGGCGAGGCUCGAAUGCAAGGAGAGGGCAGAAGCGGCGAAGCAGGCGAAUCCCCUGUUUCGGCUCUGUCUGUGCCCCGCGUUUCUCUGUCGGCUCGAGACAACCAGCGUCUCGCCGCUCUCUGUUUUGAGAUGGGAGAACCUGCAACCUGCCUUCGCUUUCUUCCUCUCUCCUUCCACGUUUGCUGCUGUCUCGCUCCCUCUCGCUCUUCCCCUGUUCACUUUCCUCCUUUUUCUUCUCUCGAAUGGCGGCCGAGUCGCUGUCGGCCAUCAGGCCUUCCACGCGCCGAGCGUACAUACAGCUCAGCUGUUGUACGCAGCCCUGUUCGUAGCCUCCGCGGCGAGCCCAGCGAGUUUCCUGUCGGCCUUUCGCGCGGUUCUCUCGCUGCUGAAGUCGGUGUGGCUUUUCUUCUGCAGAUCGCUCUGUUCACUGCGCUCGCCAGAGAGCGAAAACGAGGAGACAGGAAAAUCGAAACGAGACGAGGCCGGAGAGUCCGUGGAGGCGCUCGAGGUCGUGGAAGACAUGGAGCGCGACGCCGAGAGCGUCAGAGAUGUGCGAAGCCAGGUUCUUCGCGAGAGGGAUUUGAAAGCUUCUUUCGACGCAGACGGCGAAAACUCAAAAUUCUGUUUCUCUUCGUUUCUCGCGUUUUUCUUGUCUCUGAGUGUCGCCGCAGGUCUCGGCGCCUUCGCCCAUCCUUUCCUUCUCAGCGACAACAGACACCUUGCCUUUUAUCUUUGGAGAUACUUCUUUCGGUGGCCGAUCUUCCGGUGGAUUAUUGGGCCUCUCGUCGCCGCGCUGUUUUUCGUUGGUGGAGAUGUUCUCUCCUCUCUCGUCGCCCCGCCGGCACCGCGGUGGCUCUGCCCUCCUGCGAAGGCGAGAGCCGCAGGCGAGCGCAGAGAUGAGGAAACCGUAGACGGCAGAAACCAACGAGGCGCAGUCGCUCCAGGGCCUGCCUCGUUCAAAGAGCAAACACUAGCAGAACGGUCGAGACCUUUCUACGUCGCGGCCUGUCUGUUCACAUUCCUCGUCUGCUCCUGUCUCGCUCUGGUGCCCACGAGCCUCGUCGAGCCGAGGUACUUUUCGUUUACUCUUCUUCUCUUCGUUCUCCACGAGCGCUUCCCUUCCUCGCGGCCUUCUGGGGAAGGCGAGAAACCGACUUGCGGGUGGGGGCUCGAGGCAUCCGCGGGGUGCAUGUACACCCGGGAGGCUUCGCCGCCGGCGACGUUUGCGAAGGAGACUUUUGUCGACCAGAGAGCCAGGUCGAGUCGCGCAGCUUGGCGAGGCGUUGUUGCCGUGACGAACCUUGAGGAAAGGCAGACCGGGCAAACGCCAAGAGAUGGUGAAAAGGGGAGGAGGCCAGUGGACCCUAACGGCGCAGGGAAAGUCACAAAAAAUGCAUUUUCGAAUCUGUUCUCGUGUUUGUUUAGCCGGGAGUGCUGGGUAAAUCUGUACUCUGGGAAAAACCUCGGGCCGCGAGAAGAUCUCGCAAAUGAAGCUGCAGCGCUCGUGCUGAACUUUGGUCUCAGUUUCGUCGUUUUUUACGUCUUUCUUUGUCGCUCCUUUAUCGACAGUGCCGGACGCGUUGCUCGCUUCAUGGUUUGAGAAUGGAAAACGAAGCAGCCCACCGACUACACAACUCAGUGGUGUCUCGACU